AUGAAUGGUAAUGAUGAUGAUUAUAAUAUUAUUGCAUCAACGGAUCAGUUGUUUGUUGAUGACAAUGGUGAUAACGACCAAUUAAUUUAUCCGCAUGAUGAUGAUGAAAAUUUUUAUAACUCAAGGGCAAUAAAUCGCAAACGGCCAUUAACAAUCGAAGAAUGUGAUGAAAUUGAUUGGCACAUGAAAAUUCCAUUAGAUGAAAAUGGCUUGUUAAAGAAAUUUAAAAAAGAUGAAAAUGAUGAUCAUACUCUUACACAACUUGUGAAUCGGAUAUUAUCUGCUAGAAAACGAAAAAGAAUACUGGAACAUCGAAAAGAUCUUUCGUUUAUAAAUGAAGAUUAUCAGUCGCCUGUAAGCAAUGAAUUAAUACUACGAUUUCCACCGAUCGACGGAUGUCCGUGGAUUGGUAUCAGUUCUUCUGAUAACAAUCAACGUUUUUAUGUGCGAAAGAGACGAAAGAAUUGUGGUGAUAUAAAAUCUUUAUUGCAAAAAUAUUCUCUGAAUAGUAAGCCAAUCGAAGAAAUUGUAGCUUCGGCAGUCACACGUUCAGAAUCCGAUGGUUUAAUGUCCGAUAGGUAUGAAAUAGAUAUAGAAAAUAAAGGAUUGCUGUGGGUGGAUAAAUACACACCACGAAGUUAUAUCGAACUUCUCAGUGAUGAGAAAGUUAAUCGUCUUCUCCUGCAUUGGGUAAAGCUAUGGGAUUUAUGCGUCUUUAAUCGUUCAGUUGUACUGAUAUCAGGCGUCGCCGGUGUAGGAAAAACAACACUUGCUUCGAUUGUUGCGAAACAUUGUGGUUAUCACGUUAUUAAUAUGAAUGCCAGUGAUGAACGUAAUGUGGGAGAUUUUGAAAAAUGUAUUGAAGGUGCUUUGCGCGCAGUACGUACUCUUGAUUCGGUUCAACAACCGAACUGUCUCGUAGUGGACGAAAUUGAUGGAGCUCCUAUCGAAUCAAUUAAAUUUUUAUGCAAAAUUUUGACAGGAACGGGUAAACACAUUAUUCGUCGACCAGUAAUUUGCAUAUGUAAUAAUCUGUAUACAAGCUCACUUCGAGAAUUAAAAUCAGUUGCUCUUAAUAUCCAUAUGCCACAAAUUAAUAAUCGGAAUUUAAUAAGAAGAUUGCAAAUGAUUGCGAGUCACGAGAAAAUUAAUGUAGAAUUCAGUGCUGUUUCAUCUAUAGUAACUAUAUGUGGCGGGGAUAUUCGACGUGCUAUUAAUUCUUUACAGUUCAUUGCUACAGAACUUAAUUCAUCUGCCAUUACGUUUGAAACAGUUCAAAAGUAUGGAGGCCAUGAAAUUUUUGUAAAGGAUAAAUCACUGUUUGAAGCAUGGUCUUCAGUCUUUGAGCUUGGCCGUCACCACAAUGUUCGCAAUCGCUUUGAACAGAUUCCUCAACGAAUCCAACGAAUAAUUUCGAUUUACCAACAUUAUUCAGGCGAAAGCGAUCGUUUCUAUUCGGGCUUAUUUAAUAACUAUUUAGCUGCAUGUCCUGGAACUACUCGCAUGGAUGAGAUUCGAACAGUUUCUCGCCUGUUUUGUGAAAAUGAUUUGUUGCUUAAACAUAUUUAUCGGCAGCAAUUUUAUUCUUUGAUGAAAUAUUCAUUCGUGACUUGUGCUCAGAUACAUCUGCUUCUUGCUUCAGUGAAUCGACUUUAUCUAUCUUUUCCAACUGCUGAUCAGAUUUUAAUAAUCUAA